AUGUCUCGAAACCGCGGACAAAUCUGCCGAAAGCUUCAACUGCAACGCCCACCUGGCCUCAUCCUCUUGGACAGCCCGAUUGCUUAUGACACCCAUGGCUUGGAUUGCCUCUUCACGUUGAUUCACCAUAUUUACAGCCAACUGAUUGACGUCUAUUUCGACAAAAAUGAUCACAAAGAUGCUGAGCAGAAGAACCCUAUUCUUGCGCUUGCCUGGCUCGAUAUGAACUUCGAGACCAAGGACGAAUGGGCAGCAUGUAAGCAAGGCCUCUUGGAGGGCUUGAGCCCUUACCACGCUCAAGACCCGGUUAUCAGCUUUGAAGGUCUCGUCAGCUCUCAGGCGUAUCUGGUCAAGCCUGACAACGGGCGUUGGGGCCACGCGGAUUUGGGUCCGAACUCUGAUGCCGUCAAAGUCGACAUGAGCGAGAUUCUGGUUGAUCGCAACAAGGCUCCAUGGUGGUCAUUCAAGCAGCAUAUGCGAUCUAAUUUCCAACUCAUCAGAACGGAUAACACCACAGAGUUGAAGAUGUGCGCUGCACCUGGCAUCAUCCGCGUACACUACAAGACGAAUAAGAACUUGACACCUUUGCCGUUCUCAGAUCUCAAGAACACCCUCAUCCCCAUCGCCGAAGUCAAGGAAUCCGGGCCCAUUCCAGACAACGGAGAUUGUCUUUACACGUUGAUUGCGGCAGUGUCGCUGAACGACAACGGAAUCCGUACAUACAGCUUCCUCGGCCCGCAUAUUCUGGCAAUCCCUGGCCAUGAUGCUUCAGAGAAGAAAUGGAGUCUGGAAGAUAAGGUGGAUGGCGACUAUAUGCUUUUCUAUCGUCGCGCGGAUGACGCGGUGCCAGACUUUUGGACCACAGAAGUUGUUGUCCCCCCACUUGAAAGCCCAUAUCUGGCGAUUGUCAAUGAUGCCCUGCAGCGUGAUAUCAAUCAGAGAAGGGAAGCCAAGAGGCUUCAGAGGGAGAAGGAGGGGAGAGACCAGGAGCAUGACAACUGA